AAAGGAUUGGGUUGAAAAACUUGAACGGUCGUUACUCUUUGGUGCCCUCUCUCCCGCCACCGCAAGUUUGUACUACUUGGCUACUCAGCAAAUGGCGGCGUUCUCUGCCACGUCAGCAUUCUCACCGGCCCUUCUUUGCUUCUCUUCGGCUUCUCAUUCCCACCAUAACCAGAGCUCAUUGUUCCAAAGUUGGAGAGCUGGGGUUUUCAAAUUGCGGUGGCUUAAGCCGUUUUCUUCGACCACUUCAAUGGAUUGGAAGAGGAGGAGAAAUUUGAUCUAUGCAGCCAGUCAAGCUGCUGAGGAAGCUUUCAAAAAGACCGUUGAAGUGGACAGGCUGAUAGAUACACUGAGGGAUGCAAAUCCAAAUGAACUUCAGAAGCUUGUUGUUGAGAAUGUCCUUGCUUUCAAUGAGAGUUUUUGGAUACGCCUUGCAGCAAGAACUGAGACCUGCAAAUCAGAGGAUGAUAAAAAAGAUUACGAGGAAUUGGCUACAUCUGUAAUGAGCAUAGUGGAUCGCCUCGUCCAUAAGACCAAUGAAAAAAUAAAUUCUUCCACUGACGUUCUCAAGGAGAUAUUAAAACCUGUGGUUGAUGAAGUGGAAGAGGUUAUUUGGCCUCCUAGAGACCCUGAGGUCCUCAAAUUAAUGGAGAAAGAGAUAAAGCAAAGGGAACAAGAAGGGCAACUAGAUGAAGGCUUUCUUUCAGAGGUUAAUGCGCAGCUGCGGCAAGCAAAAGAAGAUGGGGAUAAGCCAGGAUUGGAGGCUAUGUUGCAAAAGGUUUUGCAACUCUAUGCUUCCAUAGUUCUCUCCAAACGUAGUUAUGCAAAGAAAGGAGAGGAAGUUUUGAAGGUUGAGCAGUUUCUUGAAGUCAUUAUAAAAGCUCCAGAGGAAGAAUGGAACAAACUUUUGAUCAACGGAAUGACAGUUGGCAAAGGGGAAAUUUCACCAGAGGAGUUUUAUGCUGUCAUCAAGAAACGGAUUGAGCGUACUUUAAUCCGAACAGAAGGAGGUUCUUACCAGCAGCGCGUUCUUACAGAGUAUUUAAAAGGCAUUCAAUCAAGAGCUGAGGAUAUUGUCCAACUCCUUCAGGGCAAACCAUAAUAGUAGCCAUCUGGAAUUGAAGAUGGUUUGUUACCAUAAGGGGUAUGAAUAGCGUGCUAAUGUGAGUCAUGUGACCUGUUCAUUCUGGUUCCUCUUGUGAAUCAGGAAAUGAAGAAAAAGAAAACCUUCCAGAAGUUGAGAAAAUUUGUUUUGAUGCGGAUAUGAUGUGCCAGCCAACAACCACCACUCCUAUAUGCCACCUGGGGAUCUUUUUGUUGAAACAUUA